UAAUGUCGUAACAGUAGGAGGGCCUAGAUGAAGGGGAUUGUGGCAGAGUUUAGUUGACGUGGCUUCAAUUGGUUAAGGUCUCAAAGUUUUAGUGAAAGUUAUCUGAUAGAUAUGACAAUUUCACUAUUAAAUUGUUGAAACAUAUAUAUAUAUUGGAAUCUGAAAAUUCAAGAACGGAGAUUUCUGAAUAUUGAUUCAGCAGCUCUAGUCCUAUUCUUAUUUUUAAUUUUUUUGAAACCAACAAAAGACUAGAACAUUAUCAGACUCGAAAAGAUAUCAAGUAGAACACUUUAUUGAAGCUCAGAGACUGCAUUUAUACAACAGAGAUUGAAAUUAUACAAUCAUAUAACUACCUCAAAAAAUAGUUCUAAGCCGAAGUUCGAGAUUUGAAAUCAAUUGUAUCCUCUAAGGAGUUUUUCUUUAGUCUUUGAAGAUUUCUGAUUAGAUAUAAUUUUGUAAUUAAAAUUGAAUUCUCUAAAGGAAAAAAUGAAAUUUACACCUCUAUAUGACUUGUAAUACAUUACAAUUUAUCGAACAUCAAGGUAUCUUUGUUUUUCUUUUCUUUAAGAUAUUACAUAUCUUUAUGUGAAUACGGUGAUCUACAUUUACGUGGUGCAUGUGCAAAUUUACUUGUUACAUUAAUUCAAACAACAAUUCAUCUUUUAACACUAUCAUCAUUAUCAAAUUCAUUUAUUAAACAAUGUUCACUUGUAUCAACUGAUUCACAAGACAGUUCAAGUCAUGCAUUUACAAUCAUAGAAAUUAAAUUAUUAAAAGAUUCUAUUCAACAUACUACAAGUUCCUGUAUUCUUGCUAAAGUUAGUCUAGCUCAACUUAUAGAUGAUAUUGAUUUUCGAAUAUUAACUUAUCUUGAACAACAACAACAAUUAAAACAACAGUACCCUGAUAUACGUGUUCAUCAAGCAACUGCUUCGACUUUUGCUAAGUAUGUAUUUUGUAGAGAUAAUAAUUACGUAGCUUUUUUCGAAUUUGGAUGAAUAAGUCGAUUUUAUUGCAUUAAGUUAGUUAUUAGCUACUUUUUGAUUUUAAGGUUUUGUUGAUCACAAUUCAUUUUUACCAUGCCAAUGGAUAUAUAAAAUUCAUCAUUCAUUACAAGCUCAAGUAUCAACUCGAAUACAAAUUGUUUGUCAUUUUUGUCUUUUAUAUAGGUUGGAUGUUUAGAAAAUAUUUAUGUUCUUUCAAAUGUUUUAAGACCAACAACAAUUCGACCAAUUUUUUCAUAAUCAAUAUGAUGAACUUCGUUUAUUUAUAAAUUUUUUUAAACAUUCCUUUAUAUUACAUGAUCUUAAGAAUUUAAUCUUUUCAAGUAAAGAGAAAAAAAAGAUAUUUAUAAUGUUUUCUUUUUGAAUUCUUUCUUUUUAUUUGAAGAUUUAUCAAAUCUCAACAAAUGAAAAAAUGUUUUGAAAGUAGCAUAAAUGAUUCAAGUAAUUCGAAAAAUUGAACUAUUUUAUCAUCAUUCUUUUGGACAGAAUAUAGUUGAUACUUCAGUUUUCAAAGAAGAAAGGAGUUCCAAAGCGUUAGGUUUGAAGAAUAUAUGUAAUCAUGUUUCGUCUGAACGAAUUCAUUUGUUUUUCUUUUUAAAGAGAAUGAUAAAGAUUCAUCAACAACAUCAAACACAGACAAAGUUAAAAAAGUUAAUCAUACAUAAUUAGGUACUUUUGGAAAUUAUUCGAAUUAAUGCGUUCAUCUUAUCAAAUACAUAAAAGUUUAUUAAAUUCAUCAGAAAUGAUCAUUAUUGUCUAUGAAAUCAGUUUUAAGUCUUAUUUCUACACAAGAUUUAUCAAAGAAAAUUUGGAAGAGAAACACUUAAUUAUUUUAAAUCAACAUUCAAUGUACACAAGAGGUAACUUCUUUUAAAUAGUAAAUAUUUAUUGUAAAGAAAAUUUCAAUUAUUAAUCUUCUUUAUUUACUGGUUAAGCUAAAACCUUUAGGAUGUUGUAUUGUGUCUGAAACUUGUCUAUGGAUAAAACUUUCGAUGGAAAUCUUAUAAUGAAGGUUUCUGAAAGGGUCUUUCCUAGAGAAGGAAAAUUUCAAUAUAAGAAUGUCAUAGUUACAGAAAAACUGAUUUUACGAAUGUCGAUGAUCUUAACGAGAGUAGUUUUAUUGUGAAAGUGUCAGAUCUUUUGAUUCGGUUCUAUCUUGAAAUUCGAAUAUUAAAUCAUCUAGUUUACGUCAGUGAUCUGCAAGACAUGCUAUCAAUUCGAAAUUUGAAAAUCAUUUUUUUCUGUUAACACAACAUUCAUUUAAAAAUAUUCUUUUAAUUUA